UGAAUUCUCACAAUAUGGCGGAUUUUCAGAAAAACGGGUCGGAGCUCCAGAGAACAAGAACAACACAAAUCAGCUAAAAUACAAAAAAAUACAGUGAAAGACCAUAAAAUACGGGAUUCUUCCGACAGGAGAGGAAAUAUAGAUAAUUUAGGAGCCGCUCUAAAGGAGGAUUAGUCCCUGUUUCUGUUUAAAAAGCGAGGUUUUGGAUCUAAACUCUGUGAUGGCGGAGGAGAGGCGGCAGAAGCAGUGCAGUGUGGUGUUGCCCUCGGAGUCGAUGAAGGCGAUGGCGGAGUCAAUGGGCGUCGGCCAACUGCAGGAGGACAGCUGUGUAGCGCUAAGUGAGGAAGUCAGCUACCGCAUCAAAGAGAUCGCCCAGGACGCUCUGAAGUUUAUGCAUCAUGGCAAAAGACGCAAACUGACCACCAGCGACAUCGACUACGCCCUGAAACUGAAGAAUGUGGAGCCGCUGUACGGGUUUCAGAGUCAGGACUUUAUCCCGUUCCGGUUUGCGAGUGGAGGCGGGCGGGAGCUGCAUUUUUACGAGGAGAAGGAAGUGGACCUGAGUGACAUCAUCAGCACGCCCCUCCCCCGCGUGCCCCUCGACGUAUCACUGAAAGCUCACUGGUUAAGUAUUGAUGGUGUUCAGCCGUCUAUUCCUGAAAACCCGCCCCCAGCCACUAAAGAGCAGCAGAAGGCGGAGUCUACAGAGCCACUGAAAGCAGUGAAACCGGGUCAGGAGGAGGACGGCUCUAUCCAGGGCAAAGGUCAGAGCGGCACCUCAGCAGAGGUUAAAGGUAAGGAGAAGUUGCGUAUGAAGCCGCGCAGUACUCACGAGCUGUCGGUGGAGCAGCAGCUGUACUAUAAGGAGAUCACUGAGGCCUGUGUGGGCUCCUGCGAGGCCAAGAGGGCGGAGGCGCUGCAGAGUAUAGCUACAGACCCGGGACUGUACCAGAUGCUCCCUCGCUUCAGCACCUUCAUCUCUGAGGGGGUGCGGGUGAAUGUGGUACAGAAUAAUUUAGCUCUGCUGAUUUAUCUGAUGAGGAUGAUGAAGGCUCUGAUGGAUAACCCCACUCUCUAUUUGGAGAAAUAUCUGCAUGAGCUGUUGCCGGCGGUGGUGACGUGUAUCGUCAGUAAGCAGUUGUGUCUGAGGCCGGAUGUGGAUAAUCACUGGGCUCUGAGAGACUUCGCCGCCAGACUGAUGGCCCAGAGCUGCAAGACCUUCAGCACCACCACCAACAACAUCCAGUCCCGCAUCACCAAGACCUUCACCAAGUCGUGGUUGGACGACAAGACGCAGUGGACGACGCGGUACGGCUGCAUCGCGGGACUAUCAGAACUCGGACCUGACGUGAUCAAGACGCUGAUUAUCCCGCGGCUGACGGUGGAGGGGGUCCGGAUUAAAGCGGUGAUGGAGGGUCCGGUUGUGUCCAACAUCGAUAAGAUCGGAGCGGAUCACGUGCAGAGUCUGCUGCUGAAGCACUGCGCAAGUGUGAUCGCUAAGAUCCGGCCGGCGCCGGACGUGGUGGAUCAGUAUCGCACGGAUUACGGUUACCUCGGACAAAUGCUCUGCUCACACGUAGUGAAAGCCCGAACCCAGGCAGCCCUGCAGGCCCAGACCGUCAACAGAACCACCCUCACCAUCACACAGCCGAGGCCGUCUCUCUCGGUAUCUCAGAGUGGGGGGGUCGGGAGUUCUGGUGGGUCUCGGACUCCGAGCAUAAUUAAGGUCCCCAGUUCCCUCACCCUCAUGUCCACUCGCCCAGCAACGCCCACCCAGCCAUCGCCCCCGGCAACAAAGUACAUCGUCAUGGCAACCAGCGCCGGAGCCGCCUCCACUCAGCAGGUGAUCACGCUAAGCUCCUCCCAGUCCAGCUCCCCGGUGACCAGUACGGUUACCAGCGUCUCCACCCCCUUGCAGCCAUUGGUUAAGCUGGAGUCAGGGGGCGGGGCCGUGGCGGGGUCACGACCCAUGCAGAAAUACAUAGUGGUGUCGCUUCCUUCAUCAUCAUCUUCCUCACUGGAGCACAAAGGUGGUGCCACGGCAACAUCUCCCAUCGCCAUAGAAACCACCGUCAAAUCAGAACGCUCGGAAUCACCAGCCACACACACACACUCACCACACUGAUCUUACACCACACACACUAUACACACACACACUAUACACACACUGUACACACACUUACACACACACAAACUAUACACACUCACCACACUGAUCCUACACACUAUAUACACACACACGCACACACACACACCCUCAGUACUGUGUAAAGCUGUAGUUAGUGGAGAUGCAGGGUUUUGGGGGGGUGAUCAGACUGUGGGAAUUCACUUCCUGUUCAUCUUGAUUUUAUAUACUGAAUAAAACUCAUUUUAUAAUUAA